AUGUCGUUCGGCGGCUUCUUCGGUGGCGGCAGCAGCUCCGACAAAAACAAUAACAGCAACACAUCCUCAUCCUCAUCAUCCUCAUCUCCAAGCGGCUUCAGCGGUCCUCUGUCUUCGUCGUCAUCAUCAUCUUCCGCCGGCGGAUCCGAGACGCUCCAAAAACUCCAAGCCGCAGUCGCCGAACAAGCCAACGUGCAAAACGCCCGCAUAUUGAUCUCCAAAGUGAACGAAGUCUGCUUCGCCAACUGCAUCACUAACCCCGGGUCGAGCCUGAGCGGGGCCGAGAACAAGUGUCUCAACGCAUGUAUGGAGAAAUACUUUGACGCCUGGAACGUCACCAGUCGGGUCUUCACGAAUCGAGUGCAGAGGGAGAGUCUGGCGGCAGGUGCCGUUGGGGGUGGGAAGGAGUUGUUUUGA